AUGUCUGGGAUUCUUCCUGCCAGUUCGGACAACUCGGGAAGCUCCGGCGGCGGGGGACUCCAGCAGCCACCGCCCAGCCGGUACGAGUCGCAGAAGCGCCGGGACUGGAACACUUUCGGGCAGUAUCUGAAGAAUCACAGACCCCCGCUGGCGCUCUCCCGGUGCAGCGGUGCCCAUGUACUGGAAUUCCUCCGCUAUCUCGAUCAGUUCGGGAAGACGAAGGUGCACUCUCCAACAUGCCCCUUUUUCGGACACCCUCACCCGCCGGCUCCCUGCCCCUGCCCUCUACGACAGGCCUGGGGCAGCCUCGAUGCCCUCAUCGGCCGCCUCCGUGCUGCCUUUGAAGAAAACGGGGGCGCCCCAGAAGCCAACCCCUUCGCUGCCCGCGCUGUCCGACUCUAUCUCAGGGAGGUACGCGACACCCAGGCCAAGGCUAGGGGGAUCGCAUACGAGAAGAAGAAGCGCAAGCGCCCACCUCAACCACCGCCGCCGCCUUCUUCCUCCCAAGGCUGCGGGAUUGCGCAGACGUCUGUCACCGCCGUGAACGGAAUCCCCGGUUUGCAGGUGGCCGAUCUCAAUUCCGCGGAGGGAGUUCUAAUGAUGCCUCACCACCACCACCACUACCGCCAUCCUUCGCACCACGGGCAUCUCGUCAUCGCCCACGACGGCUCUAGCGGAGGCGGCGGCGGCGGCGGCGGACUGGUGUUGGCCGUGUCGGACUCCCAUAAUGGAUCGCUCAUACCCCUCUCGGUAUUUAACUAG